GACUCUCCAUCUUUAUUCUACUCUGUCUCUCCUGCUCCAUUUCUGUCUUAUGUUUUUUUCUUUGCUUGUCUGCACUCAUAAAUGUUGCCAGGCCUGCUGAGUAUCAAAUAAGGAAAUGGAGGAUGCUAUUCCUCAGCACCGCUAUGAAGCAGUAUUUCUACCCUGUGCAACCUUGUACCAAUAAACAGGAAAACCUGAAGAGCCUUAACACAUAUUCAGCACCUUGGACAAGUAAAGUGCACACUACGAGCCAAAAAUAGAUAAUUCCAGAGACGAACCUGACAUAGGUCUAACCACAACAAAUUUGCAUUAACCCUGCAUUGAUCUACACUUCAUUUCUAUAUUGGUGGUGGUGGUAAACAUAUCACUUCAUCACCUCAGUUCAUAGACCCCUCCACCCACAGGACCCUCACAGUGCCCCUCAGAGGGGCAAUGCCAGUCUUGCUAAAUGCCGACUCCUCCUUCAGCUCCAAACAGGAGCUCCUGGACCUGCAGGACUGCCCUCUCAGCGGGGAUCCCUCUCUUGACACUCCCAGCCCUGUGGAUUCCCAGAUAGGCAGCCCUGUAGGUUCAGGGCCCAGAAGCCCUGACACCCCAGGGCCUGAUGUCCCCAUCCAGCCCCACAUUUUCACCGGGGCUUCAUCAGUCCCUGGGGAGACGUAUGGAGUUGAAACAAAACCUCAUGCAGAAACUCCUUUGGGGUUGCAGGUGAUAUCCCCUGACUCGGAUCAGCUGUGUGGCUGGGGGGCUCUAACACCCAAAGCUAUGCAAGUUUUCAACACCCCUCGUUGGGUGCUGUUCUUCCUUAGUGUGGCUGCUUUUCUCCAGGGAAUGAUAGUCAACGGCUUAAUUAAUACCGUGAUCACUUCCAUUGAGCGACGCUUUGACCUGCACAGCUAUGAGACCGGCCUCAUCGUCAGCAGCUACGACAUCGCGGCUUGCAUCUGGGUGGUAUUUGUCAGCUACUUUGGGGGGACGGGGCACAAGCCUCGCUGGCUGGGAUGGGGGGUGCUCAUCAUGGCGCUAGGUUCUCUGGUGUUUGCCUUGCCUCACUUCACUUCACCGCCCUACCAAGCCAGCCUACCUGAGCAAACAGGAAUGUGCUCAGCAAACCAUACCAGCUCAUGCCAAGACAAGGAGGGAGGAGAGAUGUCCAACUAUCGCUUCGUGUUCAUGCUGGGCCAGUUCCUGCAUGGGAUCGGUGCUACACCUAUCUAUACGUUAGGGGUCACAUACCUGGAUGAGAACGUCAACUCCAAAUCUGCGCCUGUUUAUGUCGGAGUCUUCUAUACAGCGGCCGUUUUGGGUCCAGCAGUAGGCUACCUGCUGGGAGGAUACUUCCUCAGCAUCUUCACUGAGAUCCACUUGACGACAGAAAUGACUCCAGAGGACCCUCACUGGAUUGGGGCUUGGUGGAUCGGCUUCCUAGCAGGAGGAGCAGCAGCUCUGCUGAUAUCGUUCCCCAUCCUGGGCUACCCACGACAGCUACCAGGAUCUCAGGAAUAUGCUUCCAAGCGGGUGUCUGAGGCCCACCAGCUUAAGGAUGGAAGUCACACAACAGCCUCAGACCCUCAGUUUGGCAAAUCAGUCAAGGACAUGCCCAGAUCUGUGCUGCUUCUUUUAAAGAAUCCCACAUUCGUGUUCCUUUGCUUGACUGUUGCUACAGAGGCCACCCUUGUCGCAGGAGUGUCCACCUUUGGGCCAAAGUUCUUGGAGUCACAAUUUAAUCUCAGUGCAUCAGAGGCCUCCACAUUGUUCGGAUUCGUAGUGGUACCAGGAGGAGGCGGGGGUACCUUGUUGGGUGGCUACAUAGUGAAGAGGUUUAAGCUGCGCUGUCGAGGUAUCAUCCGUUUCUGCAUGGUAUGCGCAAUGGUCGGUUUGGCUGCCAUCUUCAUCUUUCUCAUCCAUUGCUCCAGCGUGCCCAUGGCUGGUGUCACGGCACCUUAUCAGUCUGGUCUGAUGGGGAAACAGCAGCUGGAACAGUACAAACACUUGUAUGACAAACCCAGCAAGCUGCAGUCUGGAAACAGCUUCUCUUUGGACCUGAACCUGACAGUGGACUGUAAUGUGAACUGUAGUUGUAUCAGAGAGCUGUACAACCCUGUGUGUGGGGCAGACAACAUGAUGUAUUACUCUCCCUGCCAUGCAGGCUGCACCUCCAUCAACCACACUGAUGUCUCCACAGGCAAACAGGUGUACUCUGGAUGUAGCUGUGUGGUGGGUAAUGUGUCCUGGGGGGAGGAGGGCUUCGCUCUGGCAGGAAAAUGUGGCAACUCUUGCGACCUCUUGCCAGUCUUCCUCCCAGUGUUUUUCAUCGCCAUCACCUUUACGUUCCUCUGUCAGAGCCCAACAGUGACUGCCAUACUCCGGUGUGUUCCAGACAGCCAGAGAUCCUUUGCACUUGGCAUUCAGUUGAUUGUGAUGCGCACACUUGGUACUAUUCCUGGACCCAUAGCGUUCGGCGCAAUGAUUGACAUCUCCUGCUUGCUGUGGCAGGAUAAGUGUGGUGAGCAGGGCUCCUGCUACCUCUACCAGAACUCAGACAUGAGCCGGUACAUACUAAUAACUGCAAUCAUCUAUAAGGCUUUGGGGGCAAUUUUUUUCCUGUUAGCCAGCAUCCUGUACAAGCCUCCUCCGGAGUCACCGCAAAACAGCUGUGAGAGCAGCGACCAGGGAAAGAUGAGUGAGUUGCCCAUCAAAGACCCGCCUGAGGAUGGCGUCAUCGUCAACCCGCACGCCCGGUCAGCCUCACUAACCAGUGUCUGAUUGUGUCUUUGUGUAUGUGCCAGAGUGCCUUAAUGCACACAACUAAUUUUUAAAAGCACAUGAUGACAUGCUGCUGUCCUGGAAGAAAACCCUGCUUUGUCUACAUAUGUGUGACAAUGCCAACCCACAGAGGCUUUUAUUUGCUAAUCAGUUCAAAUUGCUUUGUAGAAUGUGAGCCUGAUGCCAUUUAUGUUUCAUAUUCAUUAUGUCAUGGGGGACAGAAAGCAUUUCUGUCAUCAUACUUUGUAAUAGAUCUAUACAUAGAUUGCUCUGCUGACCAAUUUGGUAACAAUAGCUUUGAUGCUGAUUAUUUAUAGAGCUUGAUUAGCUGCACUUUAAAAAAAUGUUUGCAAAGUAUGUGUUGAUACAAAACAGACAUUUAAAGGUGAAAUAAUUCUGAAAAACAAAUCCGUCCAGCACUAGAUAUUUUUCAGUGCACACAGCAUGAAGAGAUUUUCACUGAAUAUGACAGAAAGUGUGUUGCAUUCGAACCACAAACUUCAAUUUAAACACCUGCGUUUAAGAUUGUAAAAUGCACCUUAUAAUGUGUUGUUUUCUGUGGAAGUGCUGCAAAAAAUAUGUCCAAAUUUCGGUGCGUCCAGUUCAGCAAUGCUCAACUUUACAUGUGAAUUUGGACUUUGACCAACAGAUCUUUUCCACAGAGGACAUGUUGACCUGUCACAGCAGCAAAUUCACAGGUUACUCAUUAGCAAUGUCUCAGUGAUGCUAAGUGUAAUGGUAAGUCAAUUCUGCCACACAGCUAAUAAGCUGCUAAAGCUUCCAACAUUUUGGAUUCUUGAGCUCUGUUUCUUUGGUUCUGAUUGAACUUGCUUUUGGUUUAAAGGGAUGAAGUGGGAUUGCCACUUUUUUGCUGCUUGAAGGUGUUUUGUGACAGAGCUUUUAAGAGGGAUAUUCUGAAAGUUAGUAAGCUGGGGGCUGCUGAGGGUGACGCACUAUUGGCACAACAUGCAGUAAAAGAAAUCAGCACAGUUAUUUGGACCUAAAUAUCACAGAACUGUAAGUCUACAAAUGUGCCAAAGCAGUUUUGCCUAACAACUCUUGUACUUCAUUGUUUUAUCAUUUUCCUUAUUUAUGCAAAUAAUUUAUUUAUAAUAUUUCAGCUCUCAUGUUUGACUUUUGCAUUUACCGUGUGAUGAUAACAGGAAUGCUGCCCUUCCUGCCCUUUGUCAAGACGUCCUCCUCUUGUCUGCAUUGUUUAUGUGAUUGUAAAACACAACCUGCUGUGUGUUGCCUGUGUUGUUGUUGUCAUGUACUCUGCUCCUGUACGGACUGACCGAAACACCUGAUGUUGAGGAGUUCGAUUUCCAUAUGAAUGUAUAUAUGCAGUUCUCCUAACAGGUUUUGAAAUCAGUCCCCAGGUUUUGUCAAGCCACUAUGUAAGCUGAUUUUUAUUCUUUUCUAUUUUAAUUUUGGUACUGUAUGUUUUUCUAAAAAAAAAAAAAAUGGAAGCAGUGGACUUGAAAUCAAUGAUGUUUUUAUGAAACAAUUCAAAGAUGUCAAGUGUUUUCUAAUUACAAAAGCUGAACAGCA